UCAAGCUGUGCAACUAUCAAAUUCUGCAGAAACCCCCAAACCCUAAUCUCUCAGUCUCUCAAUCUCUCAAACUAUGAAAUACGCCAUCAUCAGAAAACCCUAAACUCUCAAACUCAUCAGAAAACCCUAAAAAACUAUCCAUAAAAAGAUCAAUCUCUCAUAUCUCACCAGAAAUUCACCUCACAGAUCUCACCAAGCGACUAGCAAGGAAGCAAUAAAGAAUAAGCCGGUCAAGCAGUUUGCGAUAAAGAUGAAAAACAAACAGAAGACUCAACAGUCCCCAACUGAUAAAGCAUCUCCAUCUGAAAGUGCUUCACUCAGUUUUAAGUUCCAAUCCCCUACAAAUAACAAGUCCCCAAGUGAUAAUGUUGAACCAUCUCCAAAUAUAACGCAAGUAAGACGAACAUCAAGGAAUAAGAAGGUUACAGAACCAAGUGCUGCAGUUUCUCCAACUAAAUGUGCAACAACAACUCCAAAGCGUCGUCGACAACCUGAAAGUACUAAACUGUCGUCACCAAAUGAUCCAAAACCAUCUCCUUCACCUGAAAGCAAGAUAUCAUCACCAAGGAACAAGAAGUUAGCAGAAGAUAAUGCUGAACCAUCUCCAAAUACAACGCAAGUAAGGCAAACACCAAGGAAUCAUAAGGUAACAGAAUCAAGUGCUGCAGUUUCUCCAUCUAAAUGUGCAACAACAACUCCAAAGCAUCGUCGACAACCUGACUUAGAUACUCUGUCUUCACCAACUAGAAAGAGACAAGCCACUAAGAAGAAGAAUGUGUUAGAGCAAUCUGAAAGUGCUCGACCUUCACAGUAAACAAUUACAAAGUCUCAUUCUAAAAUCUCUAAAGGAGAUACAGGAAAUUUUGAAGUGAGGCAAAAGAAAGUAAAGCGCAAACUGGACACAAGCAGCACAGGCCCAUGUCUGAAUGAUCAACUUAGGGAUCUAAACGACACGCUUGCAGAUUUGCAAGAGGAAGAGGAAAAUCUACAGACCCGUAAAGCUGUGGAAGAGGACGACUCUAAUCUAGAAAAUAUGGAGCCUGAUGUGGAAAAGGAAUUGGAGAAUGAUAAUGGUGAUGAUGAUGAGCUUGAAUUGGAGAAUGAUAAUAGUUCUGAUAAUGAGGAAGGUGGAGAAGGAAAAGAAGCGAAGAAAAGAAAGUAUGUUCCACGUGGCCCAGCACAGAUGCAUGCGAUGAAGUUAGAUUCUGUUGAUCCGAAGAAAGAAGUUCCCUUCAACACAAAUGAACAGCCGAUUGGUGAUCAUUAUGUGCAACUAGCUAGUGUGCUAGGGGUGCUCGUUCGGAAACUUGCGUUAAUAUUCAGGGAUUGGAGGGUUGUCCCUAAUCAAGCCAAAGAAAACAUAUGGAAGAUCGUCACGAACCCAUUCAUUGUGCCUGAGUAUUACAAAGACUACUAUUUUAGCAAAAUGAGAACUUGUCUCAGAGAAGCUAGGUCUAGGAAAGCCGGUUUGGUACUCGAGGCAUUGGAUCAGCUCCAAGGGGAAGAAAGAGAGAAACGGCUGGACAAGCUAAUACCCAGGACCAUGAUUGUUAGGGAGUGGGAAGAUUUUGGUAAACAUGUAAACUCGGCUGAAUUUGAGAGGCAAAAGACUAAAAAUGCAACAAGUUCGUUCAAACUAUACCACCCCACAUACCAUAAGUCGAAAAGGUUACACGCGAUUGGAGGUGGAUUGCAAAAAGAAAAAAACACAACUGAAGAUAUUGAUAGAGCUGAUUUAUGGAAAGUUGGUCAUAAACAGCGUAAAGGAAAGAAACCACAUCUUGGUGUUCUAAAAGCUUUUGAAAAACUUGAAAAAGCUCAAGUAGAGCAUGGUGCUGAUUGUGGAUCAUCUGUGACAGAUGAUCUUCUUGCAAAGGCCUUGGGCAAGGACAAGAAAACUAAACGAAGACUUAAAGGAAUGGGUUUUUGAGCGACGCGUAAAAAGGUCGUUGCCCAUUCCCACUAUAAGUUGAUGAUUAGGGAGUGUGAGGAAUCCCGUAGAGCAAUGAUCGACUUGUGCAGUUAGAGGAAAGGAGGUCAAAAUGUGUCCAUGAUGAAGUCCCACACUCUCACAGGUUAAGUCCAAAAGCCAGCAACAACCAGGAGGCCAGUAGUAGCAGAAUUGUUCUGCUAUGAAAGAGACGCAACUCAUACCACUUCAAGUCCUGUCAGGAGACCAGAUGAGGUCCAUGUUCCAGAGAGAUUCAAACCUUGCAAGUUAUUAAGCUGUUACAAGGAGGACGAGGUGGUUGUUGUGGCGGAAAUUGUUGAAAAAAAUCGAAAUAUGAAGAUACAUGGGUUGCCAAUAGUCCUUGUUUUUGCUCUGCUGAGCAUUGUAACUCUGGAAUUCGUGUCUCUUUUCAUAUCUAAUUGAUAUUGGAAAAGACUUCCAUGUUUAAUCAAUAAAAGAGGUUUAUUCUCGACAA